ACAUGCGCAAGCGUCAUCUACAGCGAUUGAGAUACACUAUUAUGUUUGCAGUUCCGUUUCCCGAUCUGAGAUUAUACUUGUGUGUGUUUUGCGGGUUCGCUGAAUAUGAGUUCUAAGGUGUCUCGUGAUACACUCUAUGAGUGUAUAGGUGCUGUUUUGAAGCAUUCUCGACAGAAGAAGAGAGGGUUUUUGGAGACUGUCGAAAUCCAGAUCGGCUUGAAGAACUAUGAUCCCCAAAAAGACAAGCGUUUCUCGGGCACAGUCAAGUUGAAACAUAUUCCACGACCCAAAAUGCAAGUGUGUGUUCUUGGUGACCAGCAGCAUUGUGAUGAAGCCAAGGCUAACAAUGUGCCAUACAUGGACGUGGAAGCCCUGAAGAAGCUGAACAAGAACAAGAAAGCAGUUAAGAAACUUGCAAAGAAAUAUGAUGCAUUUCUGGCAAGUGAAGCUUUGAUCAAGCAGAUCCCUCGUCUUUUGGGCCCUGGUCUAAAUAAAGCUGGAAAAUUUCCUGGCCUUCUCUCACAUCAGGAGGCAAUGAUGGCAAAGAUAGAUGAAGUAAAAGCCACAAUAAAAUUCCAAAUGAAGAAGGUCCUGUGUCUCUCUGUUGCCGUUGGACACGUGGGUAUGACGGAAGAUGAGUUGGUGCAGAAUGUUCACCUCUCAGUGAAUUUCCUGGUGUCUCUACUUAAGAAACAUUGGCAGAAUGUGCGUUCAUUGCACGUUAAGUCUACAAUGGGUCCGCCUCAGAGAUUGUAUUAAACUGUUUAUUAAUACUCUGUAAUUUAGCUGAGCUCUAUUAAGAGAUAAUAAACAGUUUGUUAU